AUGGCCGACAUUCCGCCCGGUGCCGAUCAUAAUCAUGCCAUUCUUAACCUCACCCCGGAGGAGAAGCGCGCUUUCCAGUACCUGUUCCAGCAGGCCGAUACAGAGAAGCUCGGCGUCAUCACCGGUGAGGUCGCUGUGAAGUUCUUCGAAAGGACGAAACUAGCACCCGCUGUCCUGGGAGAGAUAUGGCAGAUCGCAGACACAGAGAAUCGUGGUCUCCUGACCUACCCGGGCUUUUGCCAGGUCUUGCGCCUGAUCGGUCAUUACCAGGCAGGGAGGGAUCCCUCGCCUGAAUUAGCAUUCAGACCUGGCCCUCUUCCCAAGUUUGAAGGCCUAACGGUACCAUCGGCGCCCGUCCCCCCAACCGGUUUCGCGCCGCCUCCUCCAGGCGUUUUGCAGCCUCAAAUGAGUGGGGGGCCUAUUCGAGUCCCUCCCUUGUCCCCUGCCAAAGCUGCUGAGUAUGCCGGCCUCUUCGAGAAGUCGGGCGCCCAAAAUGGCAUCCUCUCUGGGGAGAGGGCGAAACAGAUAUUCGAGAAGGCGAGGUUACCCAACGAGACUCUGGGGCGCAUAUGGAACUUGGCCGACACAGAACAACGUGGCGCAUUGGGCGUGACCGAGUUCAUCAUCGCCAUGCAUCUGUUGGCUUCCUGUAAGACAGGAGCCUUGAAACAGUUGCCAAACAAUUUGCCUGCCGGUUUAUACGAGGCUGCAUCGCGACGACCUCCUCUUCCCCCUCCUCCAGGCCGCCGACCCGAAGAUAUCGUGCCACCCAUUCCCCGUCAGUUCAGCGGUGCUCCACAGAAUCCCAGCCCAUUAGGACGACCGGCGUACGCCACACCCCCGCAGUCUGCUCAGGUUACCGGAGGCGACUGGCUGAUCAGCCCACAAGAGAAGGCGUCUUAUGAUAAUUUAUUCAACAAGGUCGAUACGAUGGGUCGCGGUUAUAUCACAGGUGAACAGGCGGUACAAUUUUUCAGCGAUUCGGGCUUGCCGGAAGACGUGCUGGCCGGCAUCUGGGAUUUGGCUGAUAUCAAUUCCGAGGGUCAGCUCAAUCGGGAUGAGUUUGCUGUCGCAAUGUAUCUCAUACGGCAACAACGUAAACCUGGGACACCCCUUCCUGCAGUUCUACCUCCGAACCUUGUUCCCCCAAGCAUGCGGAGUCAGAUUCGAGCGCCGAUGGCAAUGCCUGCGCCGGAACCUCAGGUCUUUGCUGCGGCCCAGCCAAAGUCAGCGGCCGAUGAUCUGUUUGGACUGGAUACGUUCUCUGCUCCUCCCCCUCCUGCGCCCGCGCAGGUGCAACAGUCAACUGGCGGCUCCAACACAUUUAACAAGCCCUUCGACAAUGAUCCCUUUGCGAGUAAGACGGGAUCUCCGACUUCGCCCCAACCAUUCCAGCCCGCUCCAAGGAAUCCAGCCUCCACUUUCAAGCCGUUCUUGCCAACGUCGUCUUUCGGACAGACCUUGACAUCACACUCGACAGGGCAGUCUGGAACUUCCACCAGCCAAACAAAACUAACCCAACCUGGCGGAAUAGAGGACUUGCUGGGUGAAAGCGAACCAGACGUUAGUAAGAAGCUCUCUCAAGAAUCCACAGAAUUGGCAAAUAUGUCCAAUCAGAUGAGUACUCUUCGCACCCAAAUGCAGGAAGUACAGAAUAAGAAGGUUACCACAGAGCACGAGGUGAACAGUAUAUCUACGCAGAAAAGGGAUCUUGAGCUCCGUCUAUCUCAGUUCAAAUCUCAGUACGAAUUAGAGACGAAAGCUGUAAAGGCACUCGAAGACCGACUUGCCACUUCCCGAAAUGAGACAAGGAAGUUACAACAAGAGUUGUCUGUUUUAGAAGCACAGCUCCAGGACCUGCAGAACCAGCAUCGCCAGGUCGGGGCGGCUUUCGAAGCGGAUCAACGUGAGAACGCCAAUUUGAAGGAGCGCAUCCGUCAAGUCAAUGCGGAAGUUGCGCAGUUGAAACCUCAGCUUGACAAGUUAAGGUCCGACGCACGCCAACAGAAGGGACUUGUGGCGAUCAAUAAGAAGCAACUUGCUACGAACGAAGGGGAGAGGGAUAAGAUCAAGAACGAGAUGAAUGAUCUCAGCAAGGCUGCGGAUGAAAGUUAUCGCGGCGCUCAAGGUCCAGCUGCCAGCGUGGUAAGCCCAGCAACCUCAACCGCAAGCCACAAUACGAACCCCUUUUUCCGAAAGUCCCCCCAGCCGACAGCAGAUAAUACAAUGUCUCCUUCAGGCUUUUCACAAGGGCCUCACAAAGAUUUUGACGCUGUUUUUGGAAACGCAUUCACGUCACCUCAGUCGACGGCUCCACCAACAACUUUUCGAUCCGACAGUCAGAGCCAGGUGCCAACAUUCUCUGCCCCAUCUGGCCACUCCGUUCGCUCCUCGGAUGGACCAGACGUGCCAACACCGUCCACGUCUCCGCCGCUGUCGUCGUACCAGGAAUCACCGCGCCCUGGUGAACCGCCGGCGCCUCCCGAGUCCCGGCAGUUUGCUUCCAGCUUCUUGCCCCUGAGAGACACUGUGCCCAGGUCGGACUCGUUUAGCUCGUCAGUAAAGGUAUCAGCCCCGGCGAGUAGGUAUGGUGGGCCCGGGAACGACACUCCGACAGCUUCGAAGGCAUCGCCGGCCGCAACUCCAAUACCUGAAAAGCCCACCGCGGAACGCCGUGAUACUUCCAAGACCGACGCAGACGCAUUCGGACCAUCGCUUUUCGAUCGUACAGCUUCCCCGGUGGCUAGUGUUACUAGCGACACUCAACGCUCCGGCUCCAAGGCUGAGGAUCGAAGGGAUGUGUAUUCUAAUUUCGGAGGACCUACCGCUGACCUUCCUGGUGCAUUUCCAAGAGACACUACAUCUCCGCUUCAGCAAAUGCCCACGGGCGAAAGUAGCCUAAGCAACCAAAGCAAGGUCAACAAUCGGUCGACCGACGCCUCUCAAAACCGCACUGACCCAUUUUCUACGGUCGGUAGAGAUCAACCCCGCGGAAGCUCCUCCGGCAAGGUCGAUUUCGACGCAGCUUUCGCUGGAUUCGGCUCGGCUCGCCAAUUUCCUGACAUCAAUGCUAAUACAAGCACGGAUAGUGGCUCAGCCAGCAAGUUUAAUAAGGAGUUCCCGCCCAUCGAAGAUCUUGGUCAUGACGAUGAAAGCGACAGCAACAGCGAACAAGGAUUUGCAGACAAUUUCACCUCUGCGUCUCCCAAGCAGCAGAGAGCCAACAAUCCAGAGUCCCAGGCACCAAGCUCUGGCACCGGUGCUACUGGAGCAGAGGGUGCACCACCCACAACUCGGACUGACUCCAAUGCUAGCGGUUUACCAACUGCCGGAGCUCAGAAGUCCCCGCCCACUUAUGAUCAGACCGUAGGAACCAGCAGGGGAUCAAAUCAAUUUCCCCCAGAGUUUGGCGGCCUCCUUCCUUCCCGAACUGAUCCAACCACUCAGCCCGCUCCGUCGGCUGCUCCGCAGUCCACAGAGAGAACUUUCAGUGGUACCUCAGGAGGCCAGGGUGCAGCUCUGUUCGGUGGCUCCGCAAAGCCCACGACUACUUCACCGCCUCCUGUUGACACUCCUUCGUCGACGGUGCCGUCGGAUGCUUAUCAUUCUGCGGUGUCUUACGGCACAAGCGAUACCAAGGGCCCGUCUUCUGGCAGCAAUGUCCCACAGCCUGGAAGAUCAGCGUUCAAUGACGACUUUGACGCCGGCUUCGAUGAUUUGACCGAAGCCAAAGAAGCUGAUGACAAAGCCGACGAUGACUUCAUACUGUCUUCGCAACACCGCGAGGGAUUUGAUGAGUUCAAUCCGGUCUUUGAUUCCCCAGCUGCGUCGAAGUCCAAUACGAUGGCAUCUCAGCAGACCCCGACUGGAAAGCCACAUGGUGAUGAUGGAUUUGGCGACUUUGAGCACCUCUCACAAGGCUUUGGUCAACCUCGAGCGCAUCAACAGGACCGCGAAGGAUCGCUGACUGUCGCCUCUCCUCCCCAGGACUGGGAUGCUAUCUUCUCGAACCUGGAAUCGCAGAACCAGAAGACUGCCCAAUCGAGCGGUGAUGUGGGAAAGUCGGUCUUCGAUACACUUGAUAAGGAAGAAGCUGCAGCCGCCUCGGCUUCUCAGCCAGCCCAGAAGCCUCAACUUGGUCGCGCGUUGAGCUCAGGUACGGAGCACGACGAUCCCAUCCUCAAGAAAUUGACCGGUAUGGGUUACCCGAGAGCGGAGGCGUUGAACGCGUUGGAGAAAUUUGAUUACGACAUCAACAAGGCCGCCGACUAUUUGACAUCCGGCAAAUAG